CCCAACCUCGUCACCAUCAUUUUACGUACAAGCGAAACCCUUCUCUCUCUCUCUCUCUCUUUUCCUAUAUAUAUGCACCAUGAAUAUCCAGAACUUUAUAAUAUAUAUACAUAGCAAAGAAAAACACUUCCAAAACGUACGUGUGUGUGUAUAUAUAUAGUUAGUUUCAAAUUAUAACACCUAUAUAUAUAUAUAUAUAGUUAGUUUGAAAUUUAUUCAAAUAAUAAUAAUGGGUACCGAAACGACGUCGUUGACCACGAACGUGAAGAACAAAACGUUCAGCGGAGUAGGAAACCUCAUAAAGCUCCUCCCCACCGGAACAGUCUUCCUAUUCCAGUUCCUCAACCCGGUACUCACCAACAACGGCUCUUGCUCCGCCGUUAACAAGUCUCUCGACGCCGUCCUCGUCGUCCUUUGCGCCUUCUCUUGUUGCUUCGCUUGUUUCACUGACAGUUACGUCGAUUCCGACGGUAACAUCCACUACGGCGUCAUCACCGCCACCGGAAUCUGGCCUACCACCGCCACGGACUCCGGCUCCGUCGACUUGUCCAAGUACAAGCUCAGGUUCGGGGAUUUCGUCCACGCUUUCUUUUCGGUGACCGUUUUCGCAGGGCUGUCGCUCUUGGACUCCAACACCGUGAGGUGUUUCUAUCCUCAGUUCUUGUCGGAGCAGAAGAUUCUUCUUCAGGUGUUGCCGCCGGUGAUCGGUGUCAUUUCCGGUGGUGUCUUUAUGUUGUUCCCUAAUAGCCGCCACGGUAUUGGGUACCCUUCACCUUCAACUUCAACUUCAACUAGUUCAAUUGAAAGCUAAGUUAAUUAGUUCUAUAUAUAUAAUUAAUGUUAUAUGGUCGUGUUGAAUUAAUUUUCCAAUUUGAGACAUCAAAAUUUGACGUCAAUUUGUGUAAUAAUUUCAUGUACUAAUUUUGUGUGGCUGUUUAAUUAGUUGAUAAUUAAAAGUUUGAAUUUUAUGUUUGUUGUUGA